AUGUCAACAUCCAACUUCUCUAUUGCAGAUAUUGCAAAUAACUUGAUCCCAAAGUUAAAUAAGAAGAGAAUCUUUCCUCCUUACCACAAUAAACCUGAAGAUCUCAUCCCUGCUCCUAGCACGACUAACGCACGUAAGCCAAGAAGGUCUCCAAACAGUUUCCUUCUCUUCCGCAAAAAUAUACACGAGGAAAUAAAACGUAUUGGACUUGGGUGUAACAUGCGUGUUAUUAGUCGUGUUGCUGGAGUGCUUUGGCAUAACGCCUCACUGGAUGAGAAGCAAUUUUACGAAGAUUUGGCGCAACGUUGUAAUGAUCUUCACAUUCAACGCUAUUCUAUGGCUAAACAUCAAUCAGAAAUUCGCAAAAGACAAUCAACAUGCAAAUACAAUCCCUAUGAAGUAGUUUCUGUUCCUUCUCACAUGCCAUCCGGUCAGUUAAGAUUACAACAGGAUCCUGCGCCUGUUAUUGAUCCAGGAUCGCUUUCUCUUCCAUUACUUAACCAAAAUCCACUUAGCUUGGUUAGUUUUACGGAAGAAGGCUGUGGCCCUUUAUAUUUUACCUUCAUAGGGCAACAAG